AUGAAAGUUCUACCUGGAGUACAUGUAAAAGAGAAUCAGAUUUUAAAGCUAAAUAAAUCCUUGUAUGGAUUGAAACAAUCACCAAAUUUUUGGAACAGAAAUAUCAAUUAUUUAUUAACUAAGAAUGAAAUUAAAGCAUUAAAUUUGAAACUUAUUUUCGAUAUUAAAGAUAGGACAUAUUCAAGUAUUUACGGUGAUGACAAUUUGAUUGCAAGUGAUACUGCAGAGCAAAAAGAGGAAAUUAAAACUUUUAUUGAAGAAGAAUUACAGAAUGAAAAACACGGGAGCACCUCAAAAAUCUCAUGGAAUGAAUGUUAA